UUUUUGCCUUUGAUCUUUCUUGUUCUAGCAAUGCUGAACCACACAGAGAUGAGUGAGUCCAUCCUUUUGGGCCUCACUGACAUCCAAGGGCUACAGUACUUACUCUUCAUCUCCUUCCUGUUGCUCUACCUGACUAGUGUUCUGGGAAAUGGUGUCACUGUGACCAUGAUCAUACCGAUAUCUCAGCCUCUGCUCCACACACUGAUGUUGAUCUUGGGGAACCUUUUCUGCCUGGAUGUCUUCUGCUCGACAGUUACCAUUCCCAAGAUGCUGACUGGUUUUCUCUUUGGGCAUCACCCCAUUUCCUUUGGUGAGUGCUUGGCCCAGCUCUACUUAUUCCACUUCCUGGGCAGUACUGAAGCUGUGAUCCUGGCUGCCAUGGCCUAUGAUUGCUAUGUGGCCAUUUGCGACCCUCUGUGCUACAUCCUUGUCAUGAACCCAAGGACUUGUCUGCUGCUGGCCGUGGCCAGCUGGUCCAUUGGUUUUGCACAUGCCAUGAUGCGUUCAGUCAUGACCUCCCAUGUGAGUUUCUGUGGGCACAACCACAUUCAUCACUUUUUCUGUGACAUCAAGCCUCUGCUGAAUUUUGCCUGUAGUAGUACCAGCCUCAGCAUGACUCUCCUCUAUGUUGUCACUACAUCAAUUGCUCUAGGCCCAUUCAUUCUCAUUGUCCUCUCCUACCUCUAAAUCAUCUUCAUCCUCUUCCAGAAAGUCAGGUCCCAAGAAGGUAGAUGGAAACCCUUCUCCACCUGUGCCUCUCACCUUACUGUUGUGGCACCAUUGUACAUAGAGCUGUUCUUCAAUUAUACAUCCCCUCUCCAUUCAGCUCCUCCAAAAGGGACAUGCAAAUGUCUAUCACGUACAGUGCCAUCA